GAGAGAGUGAGGGAGCGGGUAGGAGGGGACCUAGAGGAGACAGGGCGAGAAAGCAAAGGCCUGAAGACCAACGAUUUGAGACUGAAUGACCAUGGCUGUCUCCGCACCUCCGGUAAUCUCUGCAACUUCCAGCGGCGCAGGCGUCCCGGGGGGCUUGUUUCGGGCGGAACCCCUGUACUCGACUCCUGGAGAGCCUUCUCGUCUCACCCCCAGUAUGAUCAACAGUUUCAUGGCCAGUAACCACGGCUGCAGCGCCGGGGGUGGAGGGGUCGGUAGUACCAGCGCAGGCAGUGGCAACACCAACACCAACGAGUGCCGGAUGGUCGACAUGCAUGGGGUAAAGGUGGCUUCCUUCCUGAUGGACGGCCAGGAACUGAUUUGCCUGCCGCAAGUCUUUGAUCUCUUCCUCAAACACCUGGUGGGAGGGUUGCAUACGGUGUACACCAAGCUGAAGAGACUGGACAUAUCCCCGGUGGUGUGUACAGUUGAGCAGGUCCGGAUCCUCCGCGGGCUGGGGGCCAUCCAGCCCGGGGUCAACCGCUGCAAACUCAUCACCAGGAAAGACUUCGAAACUUUGUUCACCGAUUGCACCAAUGCCAGAAGGAAGAGGCAAAUGACAAGAAAACAAGCUGUUAACAGUUCAAGGCCCGGCAGGCCUCCUAAGCGUUCUUUGGGAGUGUUGCAAGACAGUGCUCGCCUUCUGCCCCAUUCAGUCCCAGGACUCUUGUCACCAGGACUUAUCACUCCGACAGGUAUAACAGCUGCAGCAAUGGCUGAGGCAAUGAAGCUGCAGAAGAUGAAACUUAUCGCUAUGAACACUCUUCAGGGGAAAGGAAGCCAAAAUGGAACUGAAUCAGAGCCUGAUGAUCUUAAUUCUAAUACAGGUGGAAGUGAAUCCUCCUGGGAUAAGGAUAAGAUGCAGUCUCCUCUUAUUGCUCCUGGACCCCAACAUGGAAUUGCUCAUGCAUCCCUGGCUGGCCAGCCAGGCAUUGGAGGUGCUCCUACCCUCAAUCCACUGCAGCAGAACCACCUGCUGACCAAUAGACUGGAUCUGCCAUUUAUGAUGAUGCCGCAUCCCCUACUUCCAGUCAGCUUACCUCCUGCAUCAGUUGCUAUGGCAAUGAAUCAGAUGAACCAUCUCAAUACUAUUGCCAACAUGGCUGCUGCAGCCCAGAUUCACAGUCCACUCUCCAGAGCUGGGGCCUCAGUUAUAAAGGAACGGAUUCCAGAGAGUCCUUCUCCUGCUCCCUCUCUGGAAGAGAGUCAUCACCCUGGGAGCCAGACCUCCUCCCACUCCAGCAGCAGCGUGUCCAGCUCUCCCUCUCAGAUGGAUCACCAUUCAGAGAGAAUAGUUAUGAUGCCCAACAAUAGAGAAGACCUUAUUGUUGAACAGGAUACUGGACCAACUAUCAAAAAAUUCCAAAGGGAAAAUAAAGAAGAGGUACCUGUUCAAAUUCCAAUGAUGAAGUCACCCUUGGACAAGAUCCAACUGACUCCUGGGCAGGCAUUGCCUCCUGGAUUCCCUGGACCAUUCAUUUUUGCUGAUAGUCUGUCCUCUGUGGAGACUCUGUUGACCAACAUUCAGGGUUUACUGAAAGUGGCUUUGGAUAAUGCUCGCAUUCAAGAGAAGCAGAUUCAACAAGAAAAAAAGGAACUGCGAAUGGAGCUCUAUAGAGAGAGAGAAAUUAGAGAAAACCUUGAAAGACAACUGGCAGUUGAGCUUCAAAGCAGAACUACCAUGCAAAAGCGCCUAAAGAAGGAGAAAAAAACAAAGAAAAAGCUACAAGAAGCCUUGGAAUUUGAAUCAAAGCGCAGGGAGCAAGUGGAGCAAGCACUUAAGCAAGCCACUACUAGUGACAGUGGACUAAGGAUGUUGAAAGAUACUGUGCUUCCAGAUAUUGAAAUAGGGAACACUGGAACUCCUCAUGAUAGUUCUGCUAUGCAAGACUUGAUAACAGGUCCCAAUGGCCAGAAAGUGGAACUCUCCAUUAUAAUACUCUACGAGACCUCAAUAGCUUCUGCCGCCACAAUGUCAUCCCCAGAUGUCUGGAAGAAUCUAAAAAAGGCAGAAGAAGGCCCUCAAACCCCUCAACAAGACCUUUUAAAUUUAGCUUUUAAGAUUUUCAAUAACCGGGAAGAACAAGCAAAGCUAGAGAAUGCCCAACAAGAUCAAGCCAAAUACCACCUUUUAGCCACUGCCCCACAUGACUCCAAGCCUCCAUCAACCAACAAAGAAAGGAAGCCUCCUGGGCCCUGCUUCAAGAAGGCCACUGGACCUGCUCAUGCCUAA